GCUGCGGGGCUGCUGCUCCGGGUAAGUGCUCUUUGGGGGCUCCAUCCUCGCGUCCCCCGGCCCCUCGGGGCGGAAAAGUUUGCCCGCCUCACCUGAGUUCGCCGUCGCGGAGCUACUUUCUCCAGGGUCCAGGGUCUCCAGGGGGGUGGGAGGGGGUGCUGCCGCGGGCUCAGCGGCGCGAAGGAUGGCCGCCGCCUCCCGGCCCCUCGGGGACUGCAACAAGUGCAGAGGCGGCGCGGCGGCGGCGGAGCGCGGGGUUCCCCGGCCGCGCGGCCCCUCUCGCCCCCUGCCGGACCCGCUCCGGGGACUGGGGAUGGGUGGAUGGAAGCUGGGUCUCUGUCGUUCGGGUGCCGGGGAAAUCAGCGGUCUUCCUGCGGUGGAGAAGGGAGAGCCUCGAAAGCUGGGAUCGCCCCUCCCAUCAGUGCCUGGCUCCGGGGUGAGGGGUGCGCGGCAGGUCCCCGGAGAGCAGCAGAGCGAGUGGAAUUCCGCUCAGGACAUAAGCGCCAACGUUUCUUUCGCGUGGAAACAUGCGGAAACCAUGGAGCUGAACUGCAGCGAAGUACCUCUGUAUGGGCAGAUGACGGUCUGCGCGAAGUUUGGCAAAAAUGUUUAUCUUCCUAAAGAUGCUGAGUUUUACUUUAUUUAUAAUGGAUCUCAUCAGAGACACAUCGUGAUUGCAGAGCGCAAAGAAGAUAAUGUUCUCCAGUCCAGCAUUCCAGGCCACGGGCUUCAGGAGACGGUCACCGUGUCUGUGUGCCUCUGCUCAGAAGGUUACUCCCCGGUGACCAUGGGCUCUGACUCUGUGACCUACGUGGACAACAUGGCCUGCAGGCUGGCCCGUCUGCUGGUCACCCAGGCCGAUCGCCUCACCGCCAGCAGCCACCAGACCUUGCUGACCCCGUUUGCCUUGACGGCGGGGGCAUUGCCCGCUCUGGACGAGGAGCUUGUGCUGGCCCUGACUCAUCUGGAGUUGCCUCUGGGGUGGACUGUCUUGGGGAAUUCUUCACUGGAAGUUUCUCUGCAUAGGGAGUCUCUUCUGCACCUGGCUAUGAGAUGGGGCCUUGCUAAGCUUUCCCAGCUCCUCCUGUGUCUCCCUGGGGGAGCCCAGGCCCUGACUUUACCCAACGAGGAGGGUGCCACGCCAUUAGACUUGGCUUUACAUGGUGGACAUUCCAAGCUGGUUGAAGACAUCACAAACUUCCAGGGCAGGCGUUCCCCAGGUUUCUCCCGUGUGCAGCUCAGCGAAGAUGCCUCUCUGCGGUAUAUUCACUCAUCAGAAACCCUGACCCUGACGCUUAACCACACAGCUGAGCAUUUGCUGGAGGCGGAUAUUAAACUCUUCAGAAAAUACUUUUGGGAUAGAGCCUUUCUCAUCAAGGCUCUUGAAGAGCAAGAAGGCACGUCAGAGGAGAAACCAGAUAUGCCCUCCAGCGCUGCAGAAACUGAAGAAGAGAUUAAGAAUUCGGGGUGCAGCAGAUCAUCACCCGGGAAGGAGGAUGUAAAGCGUGUGAAAAGCCCGGUGGUUCCACUGAAUGAACAUGAGGACCAGGAGAGGCUAGAUUUGGAUCGUUCCUUUGAUGCCCUCAAAAAAUCCAAGCACCCCCCAACAUUUCUUGCUGCUGGCCAGCUCUCUGACAUGCUGAACGGUGGUGAUGACGUCUACGCUAACUGCGUGGUGAUAGAUCAGGUUGGUGAUUUGGACAUUAACUAUAUUAAUAUAGAGGAAAUCCCUGCAAAUGCCUGUCUUGAAUCUGUGGAUUCUUCUCUGGGGCCUGAGAGCAGCAAACCCGUCCUUCCUACUGAAAUCAGUGCUGGCGCAUACCCACCAAAGAAGAACCCGGAAGUGACGCCACACACGGAAGCCCAAGCGUCUUUCAUACCGUCUAGUUCAUACGCUUCCAAUUUGAAUCUUUCUUUUGGUCUUCAUGGAUUUGAAAAGGAGCAAAGUCGUCUAAAGAAAAGAAGUUCCAGCCUUGAUGCCCUGGAUGCUGACAGUGAAGGAGAGGGCCAUUCGGAGCAGUCACACAAUUGCUACACUCCUGCGUGUCAGAGUUCCUCGAGAACUGGCACUGCUAGCGGGGAUGAAUUGGACUCUUUUGAGACCAACACUGAACCAGAUUUUAAUAUCUCCAGGACGGAAUCAUUUUCUUUAUCAAGUAGCCUGCAGCUGAAGGAAUCAUUGUUUUCUGGAAUCCGUUCACGUUCAUAUUCCUGCUCAUCACCCAAAAUUUCUUUAGGAAAAACUCGAUUGAUCCGUGAUUUCACAGUGUGUAAUUCAGUUGAAGAGCAAAGAGCUUACAGCUUGCCGGAGCCACCGAGAGAACAAAGAAUUCAGGAAGAAGAAUGGGAUAAAUACAUCAUACCUGCCAAAUCAGAAUCUGAAAAAUACAAAGUGAGCCGAACUUUUAGCUUCCUCAUGAAUAGGAUGACCAGCCCUCGGAAUAAAUCGAAGACAAAAGGCAAGGAUGCCAAAGACAAAGAGAAACUGACUCGACAUCAGUUUGUCCCUGGAACUUUCUCUGGGGUUCUGCAGUGUUUGGUUUGUGAUAAAACGCUCCUGGGGAAAGAGUCAUUCCAGUGCUCCAACUGUAAUGGAAACGUACAUAAAGUCUGUAAAGAUGCUGCCCCUCCGUGUACCAAGAAAUCCCAAGAGAAAUAUAAUAAGAACAAACCACAGACCAUCCUUGGAAAUUCUUCGUUUCGAGACGUCCCAUCGCCUGGGCUCUCCUUGCAUCCUUCCUCCUCCAUGCCUAUUGGGUUGCCAACCGGGAGGAAGGAGAUGGCAGGGCAAGUGCAUCCCUUGUCCAGAAGCGUCCCAGGCACCGCCUUGGAAAGCUUCAGGAGGCCGGGGGCAUCCUUGGAGUCCGAGAAUGAUGGCAGCAGCUGGAGAAGCAGGUCUCACUCUGACGAGCUGUUCCAGCCCAUGGGCUCGUCCCCCUCCACGGACUCCUUCUUAACGGAAGAUGUCGUGGAUUCAUCUCUGUGGAGUGACCUCAGCGGUGAUGCCCAGGAGUUUGAAGCGGAAUCUUGGAGUCUGGUGGUGGACCCUUCAUUUUGUAGUCGGCAGGAGAAGGAUGUCAUCCAAAGACAGGAUGUCAUUUUUGAGCUAAUGCAGACAGAACUGCAUCACAUCCAGACCCUGUUCAUCAUGUCUGAGAUCUUCAGGAAGGGGAUGAAAGAGGAGCUGCAGCUGGACCACAGCACUGUGGACAAAAUCUUCCCCUGUCUGGACGAGUUACUUGAAAUCCACAAGCAUUUCUUCUGUAGUAUGAAGGAGCGAAGGCAGGAAUCCUGUGUUGGCAAUGACAGGAAUUUCAUCAUCAGCCGAAUUGGAGAUAUUCUAGUACAACAGUUUUCAGAAGAAAAUGCAAAUAAAAUGAAGAAAAUAUAUGGGGAAUUCUGUAGCCAUCACAAAGAGGCUGUUAGCCUCUUUAAAGAACUCCAGCAGAAUAAAAAGUUUCAGAAUUUUAUUAAGCUCCGAAAUAGUAACCUUCUGGCUCGACGCCGAGGAAUUCCAGAAUGCAUUCUGCUGGUCACUCAGCGCAUCACAAAAUACCCUGUCUUGGUGGAAAGGAUAUUGCAGUACACAAAGGAGAGCACUGAAGAACAGAGAGACUUAUGCAAAGCUCUUUGCUUAAUUAAAGACAUGAUUGCAGCUGUGGAUUUAAAAGUCAGCGAAUACGAGAAAAAACAAAAAUGGCUUGAGAUCCUAAAUAAGAUCGAAAACAAAACAUACACCAAGCUCAAAAAUGGCCAUGUGUUUAGGAAACAGGCACUGAUGAGUAAAGAGAGGACCCUGUUAUACGAUGGCCUUGUCUACUGGAAAACUGCUACAGGUCGUUUCAAAGAUAUCCUAGCUCUACUUCUAACUGAUGUGCUGCUCUUUUUACAAGAAAAAGACCAGAAAUACAUCUUUGCAGCUGUUGAUCAGAAGCCAUCAGUUAUUUCCCUUCAGAAGCUCAUUGCUAGGGAAGUUGCGAAUGAGGAGAGAGGAAUGUUUUUGAUCAGCGCUUCAUCUGCUGGUCCCGAGAUGUAUGAAAUCCAUACCAACUCCAAGGAGGAAAGAAAUACCUGGAUGAGACGGAUCCAACAGGCAGUAGAAAGUUGCCCAGAAGAAGAAGGGGGAAGGACAAGUGAGUCUGAUGAAGAGAGGAGGAAAGCUGAAGCCAGAGUGGCGAAGAUUCAGCAAUGCCAAGAAAUACUCAGUAACCAAGAUCAACAAAUUUGCACAUAUUUGGAAGAGAAACUGCAUAUCUACGCGAAACUUGGAGAACUGAGUGGAUAUCAGGAUGUCCAUCUAGAGCCCCACCUCCUCAUUCAACCAGACCCCGGAGAGCCUCCCCAGGCAGCCUCAUUACUGGCCGCAGCACUGAAAGAGGCUGCGAGUCUGCAAGUGGCAGUGGAGGCUUCCCAGACGAGCGAUGCGUUCCAGUCCCCCGAGGAAGGUUGCGGAGAACCUGCUAUGCCGGACGUGCUCCGUUCUCAGGACGCACCAGGAUCGUCUACUGCUUCACUAGUCACAGAAGGGACAGGAGGAAGAGGCUGUCGGCAUGUGGAUGCCGGGACCCAGGGUGUGGGAGCCCACCUGGCGCUUUCUGAUGCGGGGGAGAAGGUGGAAUAUAGAAGUUUCCCAGGUUCUUUGCAGUCAGAGAUUAUACAAGCGAUACAGAAUUUAACUCGUCUCUUAUAUAGCCUUCAGGCCGCCUUGACCAUUCAGGAUAGCCACAUUGAGAUCCACAGGCUGGUUCUCCAACAGCGGGAGAGCCUGGCCCCGGGCCCCGCGUUCCGAGGCAGCCCCUUUCAGGACCAGGAGAAGUCCCGCAGCCUGGAGAAGCAGCGGGAGGAGCUGGCCGACACCCACAAGCUGCAGCUCCAGUUCCAGCAAGACCAGCACCGCUGGCUCCGCAGGUGUGACCAGCAGCAGCGCGAGCAGGAGGCCCGGGCCAGCCGGCUGCAGGAGCGCGAGAGGGAGUGCCAGGCGCAGGAGGAGCUGCUGCUCAGGAGCCGGGGCGAGCUGGACCAGCAGCUCCAGGACUACCAGCAGAGCCUGGAGCGGCUGCGCGAGGGCCAGCGCCUGGUGGAGAGGGAGCGGGAGAGGAUGCGGGCCCAGCAGAGCCUGCUGCGCCACUGGAAGCACGGGCGGCAGAGCAGCCUUCCCGCCGCGUUUUCUCCAGGAGCCCUGGAGGUAAUGGCACUUAAUCAAUCUGAGACUUUAUGUCAUGAAAAUUCAUUCUUCAUCAAUGAAGCUUUACUGCAAAUGUCACUUAACCCUUUGAACAAACCGACGCCACCAGAUAUCCAUCAGGAUGCCGCUUACCCCCCAGGCAUAUCUCCUUCUGAUUUGGUAAGGACUACUGAAAAUCAAGUAGACCUCAAGACGGACGUUUCUCAACCCUCAGAUAUCAACCAUGAACUGUGGAUCGCGGCUGGGGCCUGUCAUCAGAUACCCCCUCUCCACCAAAGCAGCAAGGAUUCUUGUAAAAAUGAGAAAGAAGUUACAUCAGUCAACCAUGUUUUCAAAACCAAAUGUAAGAGAGAUUUUGGCGACAAGACUGAACAUCUCAAUUUCGGAUGCAGAGCUUCCAUGUCUACAGAACACCCAACCCUCACUGGCUGCAUUAUAUAAAUGGUUGCAUUACAUCAAUAUAUCCCCAGGAGAACUUAUAGUAAUAAUUGAGUUCCCUGAAUAGGCUUUCCGCCCAGAAAGAAAAUGUUAAGAAUGCCCAAUAGGAAUAUUAUGGUUUAAAUCAUUUUCCCUUUUAAAUUUAAAAAUUGUGUUCUGGUUUAUGACCUUAAUUUCUUUUUGAGUUCAGUUAUCCUGAAUUGAUUUGUUGUUGUUAGUCCUGGAUAAACUGGGAAAAAUCAAGGCUCAGAAUCACCAGGAAGCACCCCUUAUUAGCACUUCUCAUAAUUUGAAUUAAUGACAUGUGUAAUCAUUUAUGUAAGGACUGCCUGCCCCGCUGUAGAAGAAGCUUCAAGGGCGCGGGGAACUCCAUGUACCUCCUUUGUUAAUUGCUCCAUCACAGGGCACCAAGCACAGUGUUGGGCAUGACGUGAAUGAAGGAGUUAAGAUCCACACUCUUUAGCAGAAAUGAAAGCAACGUUUGGCUUGACUGAGGCAUUGAGAGAUGUUGAGGAAAGACAGCAGAUGUGUGAGGUGUGAUGGUAGUUAAUACAGACAGAUUAGACAAGUGCUUCAGGAUAGCUACCUGGAUUGAGUGAGUUUGAAAACUUCUGUCAGGUGGGUGUAUGUAAGAUGGCACUUUUAAAAUGUCAGGAUAACUAUAUGAUUGCUUGCCUUAAAUACUUUUCUGGAUGCUAAGUAGCACACUUUAAUACCAGCUCCGGGAUAUGGUGAAGGACAGAGAAGCCUGGCUAGGUGCAGUCCAUGGGGUUGCAAAGAUUUGAACACAACUGAGCUACUGAACAACUUUUUUUCUUCAUUAAUGUUGAAAUAAAUUUGUCUUCGAAUGUAUAGUCUCACGUUUGCGUUUGAUAUAGGUACUCUUUGUUCAACUCUGGAGAACAUCUUCUUCUUUUUCCUUUUAGAAUAUUGUACGUAUAGCCCCAGAUGAAUAUGUGUAGCAAAUGAAAGCUCAAAAAGUUAAAACAUCUUCUCCAUAAAUGCCUUAAUUUAUUCUAAACAACUGGAACUGAAUUCAUCCCUGUCAUUUUAGAAAGACGGCAUGUAAACAAUUUUGCAUUGAAUUGUUACAUCAGUAACAAUUAGUCAGCCUAUUUGUUCACUGGGGUAUUUCUUUUUAACCAUAAAGUAGCUCGAACACCAGUAAAUUAAACAUGGGCAGCUAGCUCAGCAUCAGUGAAACACUUUCUUAAACCUUUUUCCUUCUGCUAAAUCCUAUUUAACAGUCCAGUGUAUCUCCCCAGUUUGUUUCGUUAAGUACACUCCUAGAAUGUGAACCAGUUUCCCUAGCACCACCUUCUGCUCAUCAGCCUUAAAAUAUUGCCUGAAAGAUCACAUAUUUAUUAUAGUAAUCUUAAAAUUAAAUGUGAUCACAUCUUAAGAAAUAUAUCCAUUUGCUCUGCCCCAGACAGACCGAUGUAAAGGCACCUAUGUGUUCUCAGCUAGUCAGUUUCCAGAAACAGCUGGCUGAGGGGGUGAAGUCGUGUCCUAUUCUUCUGCUCAGACUUUGAGCCAGAUGAGAAAUAAGCCAAGGCUGGGUUUUAAUCUGUGGCAAUGCUGAUUUGCUAUGGUAAAUCACUGUAGAGUUUGUUUAGAGAAGGGGCUGGGGUACCCGUUCUCAUUCUAAGUGAGAUAUUAAUUCAAUUUAGUUUGAAAUGUUAAUGCUUGGUUUGAAGGCUUACCUAAGGAAAACUGUGGUCUUGCAGAGGUUCCCAGUUCUGUAGGAUAGGACUCUGAGCCUUUUUGCUAAAUAAUUUCACAGUGUGACUGUGCAAAUUUAAUUAUUUUCAUGGUGACUCUUCCAUCGCUUUCUUUUCCAUAGUUCUCUUUGUGCAAAUUCCAUUAUACACUACAGCUUUUUCUUCCUAAAACAUAACAUGCUGAAUGUUUGGAUUAAUUAUAGAAUAUUUGAAUCAUCUGCCAAAAAAUACAGGAGACUCUACUGCUCAGGUAUAUUGAGGUCCUUUUGUAAGGACUGGUGCUAUUGCUAUAAGGCAUUGGAAGAAGCAUUUACAAGCAAAACAUUGGCAGAGCUUUAAUUUUAUUUAAUGACCUGCUUCCUACCAGUGAUCUUGGCACCCCGUGCAGUGAUUUGCAAUCAAUGAAUCACACAGGAUGUUGUAACACUGCAGUAAGGGCCUUGCGCUGUAAGAGUCUCACAAAUCCGCCAGCAACAAAAAGAGGAACUCUAUGCUCAAAGCCCUCUCCAUGCAAAACUCCAAGUCAGGAGGUGAUUUUAAUGCUCUGUUUUCUAACAUGUCCUCAGAAGCCUCAGUACUCCCUUGUAGGUUCUGAAUUUUGAUUGCUGUCUCUCAAAGACGGUUUGGGCUGUCAGUUUAGGAGUCUGUAAGGGUUCAGUUUAGACCAGUCAUUUAGAUGGGGGGGAUUCUUUUUUUUUUAAUAGAAAAAACACAAUUAUUGCAGGACAAUUGCUCUACAAUAUUAGUUCUUCUGGAUUGCUGGGAAAAAAACUAUGGGUUUGGUUAUUUUCCCUGAAUUCUGGGCAAUCAUGCUCAAUUGCAAUAGGUCAUAUUUUUCAGAGUAUUUUAGGGGAUGAUUCAGAAAGGAAGCAUGUUUUCAUCCUGGGGAUACACUGACAUUUGCUAGAGGCAGAUGGCAGAAGAUGGGAUGGUGAGAUAUUAGAAGUCACGGAGAAAGAGACUUUACAUACUUGGCUUUGCCAAAAACUUCUGGAAUCUGGGUGUUUAGUAUCUUAGGCUUGUAUUCUUGUCAUUUCAGACGCACCCUUGAAGUUGGGCUAUGCUGAAUCUUUUUUCUUAUUUUAGCAUAGUAAAUAUGGAGCCAUUAAAUAUUCUUAAAAUUAUAUAAGCCUAAACUCUUGGAUAGAUGUAGGUUGUGUUUUCUUGACUUGUUUCCAUAUGGCUUUGUUUUGGGGAUGUUCUUAUAACAAGAAUAUGGAAUUGUGUAAUUCUUAAUGUAUAUUCCAUCUGAUUAAAAUGGGACCUUCUUUUAAGAAGCUAAAGCCUUUUAGAGCUAUAUCACUUCCAGUGAGUACAUUCAACUUCUGACUCUUGAUGAAUUUAUUCCUACCAAAAAAAGUCAUCCUAUUUUUGAUUACUUGUAAAUGUAUCCAGAUUGGCAUGAUAGAUUAUACACAAAGCAGAGCUCAUAUUGUAUUUUUAGGUGCUUGAUGCUUCUGUUUAGCAUGAGCUCUAAAAUAUACCCACAAAGUUUUGCAUGUGCAGACUACUUUUCACUGGCACGUAAAUUGGAGAAAGCGUAAGGAUCGUUUGGGCCAAAAUGUGAUGGUCUGUUAGUCAGUGUGUAGUCACGAGGCCCUGUCCUGCAUCUGGGCUCCAGUGUGAGGAAGUCCAGUCACACACUGAUGUGUCCCCGAGGAUUGUGAACUGAACCCCAUCCCUCUUGAAAGGAGAACGCAGCAGGACUGCAAGGGAGAAGGCGUGUUUGGCUGCCUUUUAGGGUGCUCCACUCAACUACCUGCAAAGAUUUUUUUUUUUUAAUUUAGUUAUUUUAUGCUGAACAAGCAGCCCAAGGUAAAGCAUUGUGAAAGAUCAGAUACAGCAUUUGUCUUUAAUGAGCUCCCUGUGCUCUGAGCUGGGUAUGGACAUGGGAGAAAAGGUUAAAUCUAAACUGUGUAAGUGAAGUACUGGGAAAAAUCAUGUUAAAAUGAUCCUACUCAAAGAAGUUAGCGUUGCUCCUAACAAGACUAUGGAAGAGUUUUUGCACAUACUACUGCCAGUGAGAUAAACUAUUUCAUCUUCAGAUUAAAAUAUUUCCUCUUCAGAUAAGAGAUAGAGAUAUUAAUACAUAGAAAUGGUGGCUAGUUUUUAGAGAUGAUGAUGAUGAUGAUUAUUGUUUUAGAUUAUUGGCUAACUUUGAGAAUGUGUUCAGGAAAAUUUCAGAAAAUGUAUUUCAUGAAGGGCUUAAUUAAAUGACUGAUGUAACCUGGACCCAGAAAAAAAAUGCUAGGGUGGAAACCUGUCUAGCAAUAUCAUUUUUGACCACAAUGAUCAAGACGAGACAUACAUUCAUGUCAGGAGAGUAGGUGAUGUGUAGUUGUCUAUCAUCAGAGAUGAAAAGAUAAAGAAUCUUCCUUCUCCCACUUCCUAAACCAAGUUUCAGCAAAAACUAGACUAAAAUGAUACUCUUCCAAUGUAAUGAACUUAAGGUACAGUUUCUGGUACUUCACUGUUAAAUGAGGGGUUUGAAUGAAUGAAUAAAUGAAUGAUUAACAAGUGAAUACAUGAAGGAAUAAACUUGAUUAAUAUUGAACAAUGGAGCUGAGUGGCAGAGUGAAGAUAGCAGGCCUGGGUUAGAUUCCAGCUCUGUCAUUUACCACCUGUGAAAACCUAAGCAAGUGUUUAAACUUGGUCUGUUUCAGUGUCCUCAUCUAUUAAAUUGGACUUCUGAUACUAUCUGCUUUGUAGGAGGAUUUUAUAAGACCAAACAUGUAGAAUUCUGAGCACUUUGGAAGUUCUCAGUAGAGAAAAGGUAUUUUCAGUAGAUAUAGUUAUUGUUGCUGUUACUAUUUUAUCUUGUGUUAAAAGAAGAAUAAAUCAUUAGGAACAGCAAUCAGUCAUUUCAGCCAGUAGGUUACUUCCAAAAUAGCUGCUCUGGGGACCGGAAGGACAUAUUAUGUCUUGUUUGAGUCUUAUCUAAACAGACACUUCUCAAAAAAUGUUGCAUAGAAAGUUCCCAUAAUCAGAUGAUACUGGGAAGUGGUGGUUUGGAGACUAAACAACUUCUUCAAAACUUUCGUUGUGCUCAUGUGUACUGUGAAUCUCCAAAAGUGGCACUUCCCAAACCUAUUUAACCACAACAUCCUCUUCUCCAGCCCAGAAUCUUGCAGGGCUACUAUUUCUUAAAAUACACUAGGGGGAAAAAAAAAAUAACAGUGAUGUAAGUGGGUGUUGAAAUAAAUUCAAUGUACAUAGCACACCCUUCAUUUUUUUCCCCCCGUAGGAACAAUUGAAAUCCAAACAACAUAUCCCGACAUGAUUUACCACGUGGGCUGUCUUUUGAAUACCCAAUUCAGCACAAUGAAUAUAAGAUAUAGCUUUGUUUAGCCCCGAGGCAAGCAUUUGGGCCUGCGAAUAAGGGCUUGUGUCCAGUACUUAGGUCUUUUUUGGGUCACAUUUCUUGGACUUAUUCAAACAUACCAUGUGCUGAAAUUAGUCAUCGCUGAUGAAGCCCAGGAGGUUACGUGUUUGGGCCUGAAGGCCUGCUCUGACUCUGAUCUCUCUGUCUCAUCACACGCUGCUCUGUCCCUCCUCUCUGUGGUCCAGCCGUAGGAAGUUCCUCCACUUAUGUGAAUGACCCCCCUGCUUUUGUAUAUCUGUUUCCUCUGUCAGGAAUAUCCUCUCCUCCACCCUUUAUUCCCAACCUGGUAAACUCUUGUUCAUCUUUCAACACCCAGCUCCAGGGGCGCUUUUUUCCAAAUGUCUAUCCAGACCUUCCUGAUCUGGGUUAGGAGUGCACCUUGCGAUUCUGUAGUGUCCAGUAGAUCCUUGUAUUACUUUCCACCAUAUUGUGUCACUUGUUUUCCCUUUGGACUCUAAGUUGCUGUAUAUUGUUUGUUUGAGACAUUUACUUACAUCAAAUGCUCUGGCAUUAACUCUAUUAUUCAUUUUUGUGGAAAGAAUGUCAAGGCACAGAAUACCGCCAUCAUUCUAGAAAGCUCCCUUAUUCUUCUUACCAACCAACCCUCCCUCCCAGAAGCAGCUACUCAUCUGCUUUCCAUCAAAUGCAGGUUAACUUUGCUUAUUCUAGAAUGAAAUGGAAUCAAAUACUAUGUACCUUUAUGUGUCUAGGUUUUUUUUUUACUCAACAUACUGUUUUUGAGAUGCAUCCAUGCCGUUGCCUGAGUCUAUAGUUGGUUCCUUUGUAUUACUGAGGAAUCUUGCUUAGAUGAUUUUAUCACAAUUACUUAUCCAGUCUUCUGUGGAUGGAUACCUGGCUUAUUUCUAGUUUUUGGCACUUAUGAAUAAAGCUGCGGUAAAUAGUCUUGUACAAGGCUUUUUGUGAAUUAUGUUUUCAUUUCUCUUGGAAUGAGUAGAAUUCCUCCUAGAAUAGGUGCCUCUUUAGCUCUUAAGAAACUGAAACAGUUUUCAAAGUGAUUGAAUGGACUAUAAACUUCUUGGGUGCUGAGACAAAGUCGCGUUCAACUUGGUUUCGCUGGUGUUGGACCCAGUGCAGGGCACAGAUUAGGUGCUCAGUGUUGAUUGAAGGGUGAGUGGACAAGAAGCUCAAAACAGUUUUCUGCCUGGCACACCCUCUACUAACGGAAAAAGAAAAUUAAUGCUUUGUCCAUCAGAGAGAUGGAAACUGGCUAACUGUGGGCUUAUUCCAAGCAGACAAGAAAUGGGGAAUAACAGCCCCCUUUUGACCCUGCCGUAGAUCCACAUGUGCAGGUAAAGCCACGUGUGGACACGGGACCAUAGAAGGAGGCUCCUCGCCAGCAGCUGCCGACUUCCCUCCCAAAGGUAAAACUCCCAGCGCUCCCAUUCAGAACCUUUCACAACCUAUUCUUCCAGCCCAGCCCACCUCUUUGAUUUACCUGCACAAACUCAAUUCCGCCAGACCAAACAGCCCUCUCUCUCUUUUUUUAAUAGCAUCCAGCAUUUCCUUUGCAAUAGGAGAGAGCUCUACCUGGAAUACCUCCACCUGAGGCCACCCCUUCCUCUUGACAUUCUCAGCAGCGAGGCUCAGUUCCAGUUCUGUCUUUGCUCCGAGGCCUGUCCUGGCCACCCACCUGAAGGUGCUCUCUUGGGAAGGUCUCUGAAGUGGUGUUUGCCUGUGGAGAGUGUUCGUUAGCCUCUUUCAUAGUUCUCUGUGAAGUAAUAGGCUUUCUGAGGGCAGUGACCCUUACUGGUCUGGAAGGAGCUGGGGCCAUUGGCCACGGCAUCACUGAGGCUGCUUGCUCUUUGCUGUUGGUGGCUGAUUCCACUGAAGAGAAGUUAAAUGACAUGUUACUUCUGUGACUCCUCCUUUGAAAGAGUUGUUUACAGAAGAAAGAGCUCUGUCUAAAAGGAGAGGAUAGAGUGCACACUUGGGGAUUUGUGUCACCUGGUAGAUGAUUAGGCUUUCCAGGUGGCCCUAGUGGUGUAGAACCCGCCUGCCAAUGCAGGAGACAGACAUGAUUCUAUCCCUGGGUCCGGAAGAUACCUUGGAGUAGGAAAUGGCAAGCCACUUCAGUGUAAAAGGAAAUGAGUUUCUCAGGCUCCAGUGUGAGUCACAGGUCACGUUUCGGGAAGCACAAGUAUUAACAUCUAGAAUAGCUCCACAUGAUAUUGUAUGCAUAAGAUAAUAUAUAAAGUCAUCUCCUCUAAGAAGAGAUGGCUCCAAGGGGUAAAGUGGUUUUAUCUAGUGAUGUAUCUUCUCAUUUGAUUCCUGUUUUAGUAAAGUCCUGAUUUUGCCUCUUUUUUUGCCUGCGUUUGCCUGCAGACUAUCAUCUACUUCACUAAUGGUACAAUUUCUAAAAGUAUUUAAUUUCCAGAAAUGUAAUAUAGCAGUCUUUGCUCAGAUUGCAAACAUUAAAUAUGAAAAGAAUGCUAAAUGUGAAAAUUUACAUUGAACAAAACAUUUCCUAUAUAUUAUGUAGUACUUUUAAAAUUAUAAUCAUUUUGAGUGACAUUAAUUCAAGGCUGCAGUUGGAAAAGAUAUUUCAGGGUUUGGUUUCUCAGCAAAUGUUUCAAACAGAUAAGAAUUAUGAAGUGUUUUUCAAUUUUAAAAAGAAAAAAAUUUUAUGUUGCUCUGAAAACUGUAAAUACCAAUUUCUUAGAACACGAAAAGGCAUGUAAGUUCUUUGACAUCGCAUAAUUUUGUGGUUGAUCAAGAGAAAAAUACACUCAUUUGUAUAUCUUUAAAUAAUUGGGUGCCAUUUUUUAAGUCUGGCAAUAACAUAAUUAUUAAGAACUAAGUAGAACUAAUUAGCUUGGGUGUGUUUGCUUUACCUGCUUGCCUUCUAGUUUAAAGAAGAACACUGGAUCUUGUUUGCUUAAGAAUUUUAACAGCUGCUUUUCCCUCUGCUGAACCAGUAAGAAGUAAAUGCAGCUUUAAAAUUCCUAGGUUGAUUUCCUGCAUUAUUCACCGGGCAGAGAAAUGUAUUCAGUCUUCUUUCAGCAAAAUGAGAGGCAUAAGUCUUUCAAUGUGAGUAGGGUCCUGAAGCAGUUUCCAGUUUUAUUGCCAUGGUACUUAGGAGUCCCUGGUCUCUACAUCCUUAAGAGGAAUUCAGUGCCAUGAAAAUACUGCCCUGUCUGGGUAGCUAGAGACCUACAUGUUUAAUUUAGCACAGUCUUAAAAAGCUGUCCCUGCUUCUUAACAUGGACUCUGAGGUUGGGACAACUUAAUUUGUUUUGAUUUAAAAUUUGAGCUUGACAUAUUUCUUGUCUACCUGAACGUAUGGAUGAUUUCAAACAUGUACAAAAUUAAGCAGAGAUACUCAUGUACCAUCACCUGACUUCAAAAAAUUAGAAACAUAUGGGCCGGUCGUGUUUUAUCUAGAUUCCUGCCCACCAACCCCACCCUCCAACCACACACACCUUGUACUAUUUUGAAGCAAAUUCUAAACAUCAUCUGUAAACAUUUACUGAUACAUAACAUUUCAGUAUAUAUCUCUAAAAGAUAAGGCUCUCUUUUUUUAAACUGUUAUCACACCUGGGAAAAAUUAUCCCAAAUUCCAUAACAUCAACAUACAGUCUGUUUAAAUUUCCAAUUGUUUUAUAAAUGUAGUGCGUGUGUCCUUUUUCCCGCUUAUUUUUUGGACUCAGUGUGCAAAUAAAGACCACGUGUUACAAUUG